AUGUACCAUGCAGAGAGCUUUGCGAAACUUGGCUUUGACACAUAUCUCGUAGGCUACCGAGGAUCGAAACCUAUUCCCGGACUGCUAUCCUUACCACGCGUGCACUUCUCUUACCUCCCCACCCCGCCGUCAAAAGUUGGCCGUCUCCCUUUCAUUAUCGUGGCACCGUUCAAGGUCGUCCGGCAGACGUUGACAAUACUCAUCACGUUGCUGUGGCGUCUCCCGCAUGUUCCUGAGUUCAUCAUGGUCCAAAAUCCUCCAAGUAUACCGACUCUUGCGCUAGUGUGGCUCUUUGCCAGGAUUCGUGGAAGUAAAAUCAUUAUAGACUGGCACAACACGGGAUAUAGCAUCCUCGCUCUCAGACUGGGGGACGAGCACAUACUGGUGAAACUUGCAAGGGCGUUUGAGGCGUAUUUCGGCCGUUCCGCCUAUGCCCAUUUAUUCGUUACAAGAGCCAUGCGCACAGCUCUCGUCGAAGAGUGGCAUCUGCAAGGCUUAGGAGCUGUUUUACACGAUCGUCCUCCGUCUUACUUCCAUCGUUGCACUCCAUCCGAAGUUCACGAGCUCUUCCUGAGAUUAUCUCCUUCAUUACCACAAAAAUUUCUUCCCGAAUACUCCACGCCAUAUUCCACACCAUUUACCCACAUCUCUAAUCAUACACAAUCCUCAAGCUCUCGCCCAGCCAUACUCGAACAGCUCAGCAUGCCGUCCCUUCGUUCGGACCGUCCCGCUAUUGUCGUGAGCAGCACCAGCUGGACCCCCGACGAGGACUUCUCCAUCCUCCUCAAAGCUCUAACUCUAUACGAAAAACAAGCUCGGGAAAUAAACCGCCCGCCCAGCGUGAAGGGAAGGCUUCCUAAGCUGCUGAUGAUUGUGACCGGGAAAGGACCAUUGAGGUCCAAGUACAUGAACGAGGUUCAGAGGCUACAAAAUGGCGAUGAAGGAAACGAACCGUGGGAGUGGGUCCAGUGUAUCAGCCUGUGGCUCGAAGCACAGGAUUAUCCACUGUUACUCGGCUCCGCUGAUCUAGGGAUUUCCUUGCACUCGAGUUCCUCGAAUAUGGACCUACCGAUGAAAGUGGUAGACAUGUUCGGUUGCGGCCUGCCUGUGUGCGCUCUCGACUUUGCUUGCCUUUCAGAACUCGUGAAAGACGGAACAAACGGUCUUGUCUUCAACUCUGCCGAACAACUCGCCAAACAACUCGAGACCCUUCUCUUAUCCUUCCCGGCCUCAAAAGCCCUCGACAACCUCCGAUCCUCUCUCCGUCGCGCUUCCAAGGCGUCGAUUACCUCGCACGAAUUGAGUAGCGUAGGCGAGGAGCUGGACAGCGAUUGGGAGUGGAACAGUUGGGACGAUAACUGGGCGAAGGUCGUGAAGCCUUUGGUGUUGAGUGAUGUGCAGGCUGGACAUGCCGCAGAGUACACUUUGCGGUGA